UAUGUAUCUAAUACGAAUGGAACACAAGAAAGUCGAUAUAAUUGAAGCUCAAAGUCUCUGAAAGACCUGCAAAUAAAAUCAGCCAUGGCGAUCAUAGAACUGCAAGUACAUGUAGAUUGUGCCGGCUGUGAGAACAAGAUCCGAAAAUCUCUUCAAAAACUCAAAGGGGUGGAGAACGUAGAAAUAGACAUGGGGUUACAGAAGGUGACGGUGACGGGAUAUGCCGACGAGAAAAAGGUGUUGAAGACAGUGAGAAAAACCGGCCGGCGAGCUGAGAUCUGGAACGUACCCUACAAUCCCGACAUCCGCAGCCAUAAUUACAACGUUAAUCAGUAUGCUCAACAACAACAACAACAACAGAAUGGUAAUGGUGGUUCCGGCACCGGUGGCCCCACAGCGACGUUCUAUACACGGCAGCCAUCUUCGUCGUCAUCGUACAACUACUACAAGCAUGGUUACGAUAACCACCAGAGUUAUAACCCGAUCCAGUCUUCCGGUUUAAUUGGACACCAGACCGGUGCUGCCUUUAGUGAUGAAAAUACCAAUGCUGCCUGUAACAUCAUGUAGCAUAUAUAUAAACAUCGUAUUACUACUA